AUGUUGAAAAUUAUGUCAAGGUUACAAAAACUAAUUUUGCCCUGUGUAUAUCCUUGUCUUGGAAAGCCAGGUAAAGAGAAAAAAGGAAAAGUCCUGCGCAAGUCUGCGGGGAAGAAGCAGAAGAAACCGGAGGUGGACAUCCUCAGCCCCGCUGCGAUGCUGAACCUCUACUACAUCGCGCACAACAUCGCCGACUGCCUGCAGCUGCGGGGCUUCCGCUGGCCCGGUGCGCCCAAGUCAAAGAAGGGGAAAAACAAGACUUAA